UCAUGGUGCCGGGGUCGGGGCUGGGCGCGCGGCUGCGGCGGGACGUGGCGAGGACACGAAGAAUUCAUCAUACAAAUAAAAUGACAACUUCCUGGAGUGAUCGCCUGCAGAACGCAGCGGAUGUACCUGCUAACAUGGAUAAGCAUGCCUUGAAAAAGUAUCGGCGAGAAGCCUAUCACCGGGUGUUUGUGAACAGAAGUUUAGCCAUGGAAAAAAUAAAGUGUUUUGGUUUUGAUAUGGAUUAUACCCUUGCUGUGUACAAGUCUCCAGAAUAUGAAUCCCUGGGCUUUGAGCUUACUGUGGAGAGAUUAGUUUCCAUUGGCUAUCCUCAGGAGCUCCUCAGCUUUGCCUAUGAUUCGACAUUUCCUACCAGAGGACUUGUUUUUGACACACUCUAUGGAAAUCUUUUGAAAGUUGAUGCCUAUGGGAACCUCUUGGUUUGUGCACAUGGAUUUAACUUCAUAAGAGGACCAGAAACUAGAGAACAGUAUCCAAAUAAAUUUAUCCAACGAGAUGACACGGAACGGUUUUACAUUCUGAACACACUGUUCAAUCUUCCAGAGACUUACCUGUUGGCCUGCCUAGUAGAUUUUUUUACUAAUUGUCCCAGAUAUACCAGUUGUGACACAGGAUUUAAAGAUGGGGACCUCUUUAUGUCCUACCGCAGUAUGUUCCAGGAUGUAAGAGACGCAGUCGACUGGGUCCAUUACAAGGGCUCCCUUAAGGAAAAGACAGUUGAAAAUCUUGAGAAGUAUGUAGUCAAAGAUGGGAAGUUGCCAUUGCUUCUGAGCCGGAUGAAGGAAGUAGGGAAAGUGUUUCUUGCCACUAACAGUGACUAUAAAUACACAGAUAAAAUCAUGACUUACCUGUUUGAUUUCCCACAUGGGCCCAAGCCUGGGAGCUCCCAUCGGCCAUGGCAGUCUUACUUUGAUCUGAUUUUGGUGGAUGCACGGAAGCCACUCUUUUUUGGAGAAGGCACAGUACUACGUCAGGUGGAUACUAAAACCGGAAAACUGAAAAUUGGUACCUACACCGGUCCCCUGCAGUAUGGCAUCGUCUACUCAGGAGGUUCAUCGGAUACAAUCUGUGACCUGUUGGGAGCCAAGGGCAAAGACAUUUUGUAUAUUGGAGAUCACAUUUUUGGAGAUAUUUUGAAGUCAAAGAAACGGCAAGGCUGGAGAACUUUCUUGGUGAUUCCUGAGCUUGCGCAAGAGCUCCAUGUCUGGACUGACAAGAGUUCACUUUUCGAAGAACUUCAGAGCUUGGAUAUUUUCUUGGCUGAACUCUACAAGCACCUUGACAGUAGCAGCAAUGAGCGCCCCGACAUUAGUUCCAUUCAGAGAAGGAUUAAGAAAGUAACUCAUGACAUGGACAUGUGCUACGGCAUGAUGGGGAGCUUGUUCCGCAGCGGCUCCCGGCAGACACUCUUUGCCAGUCAAGUGAUGCGCUAUGCUGACCUCUAUGCGGCAUCCUUCAUCAACCUGCUCUACUACCCAUUCAGCUACCUCUUCAGAGCUGCCCACGUCCUGAUGCCGCACGAGUCCACGGUGGAGCACACACACGUGGACAUCAACGAGAUGGAGUCCCCUCUCGCCACCCGGAACCGCACCUCGGUGGACUUCAAAGACACCGACUACAAACGGCACCAGCUUACGAGAUCCAUCAGUGAGAUCAAGCCCCCCAACCUCUUCCCACUGGCUCCCCAGGAGAUUACACACUGCCAUGAUGAAGAUGAUGAUGAAGAGGAGGAAGAGGAAGAAUAAGGCAGACUAAAAUCCUGAGCACCCACCAAGUCUGGCACAACUCACAGGGCAAGGGGUGGCCUUGUUUGGAUUGUACUAGGGAGGGUGGGAGGACUCCAUCAGAGGUACGUUUGGAGAGCUUCUGAAGGCUUUAAGUAAUUCUAAUCAUAGCUCCUUACUUCAGUUUUGUGUAUCUGUAUUCUCUGCAGAUAGUUUGAAGCUGUAUAGGAAGAACAGGUAAAAAGCCAGGUGGAAUGCAUGCAGACGGCACCACUGUGGCUUGUGAUAGUGUUUCCUUGUCUGUCUUCAUCGUCGGUGUGUCAUCUGGAUACACUAAGGUAGUAAAGGGUUUCAGAGCAGAGCCACGGGACUGGAGGGAAGAGAUGAUCCACAAAUCUGUAUUACUACAAACUGUGCUUUUGCUCCAAACCCCCACUUUUUCCGUGCAUUACACAGUGUUGUAUAUCAGUGGAGAAAUACAUGUUUUCAUUAUCAAGUGUAGUCGGUCCUCUGUUGAGGUCGAGUUUCCUUCCAUUAGCUUUUGGGUUCCCUAGGUAGCCCUGGCGUGGCUGCUGCCGUGUCAGUGCCUUUGUGGGUUUCCCUGCUUCGGGUGAUUCUAGACUAGACUGCGGGGAUUUGAGGCAAAAGUCCUCAUUCCUGCUACCUUUGUUUUUCAAGAAAGGGUUUCUCUGUGUAGCACUUGCUGUCCUGGAACUCACCCUGUAGACCAGGUUGGCCUCGAACACACAGGGAUCCUCCUGCCACCACCUUGUGAGUGCUUGGAUUAAAAGCGUGCACCACCACUGCCCGACCUUUACUUCAUUUUUUUAAAGUAUGUAACAAAUGAUUUUGUUGUUGUUGUUAUAUAAAGGUGGUGCAUGCCUAUAAUCCCAGCACUGUGGGAGACAGAGGCAGAUCUCUGUGAGGCCAGCCUGGUCUACAAAGCGAGUCCAGGACAGCCAGGCUUACACAGAGAAUUGCUGUCUCAGAAACAGUCCUUUUGGGGAAUAUAGCAAGUUCCUAAAGAGCAGCAAGUGCUGUCACAGCGUGGCCUGCAAGAGCACCCUGCUCCCACCCACACUGAGUUGGUAGGGGGCCUGCAGCAAAAGGCAGGCAGCAGUUCACUGGAGAGCUGCAGGAGGGAACUACUUGCUCUGGAUAAAGCCAGAACCUGUAAACAUGAGGGCGUGUGACUGCCCUGCCAGUGCAGGGACUUACUGGACACUUGGAAUCGUUUUAUAGUUUUUUGGUUUUUUUUGAUACAGGAUUUCUCUAUGUAGCCUUGGCUAUCCUGGACUCAACUUUGUAGACCAGGCUGGCCUAGAACUCACAGAGAUCCGCCUGCCUCCCUGAGUGCUGGGAUUGCAAGGCAUGCACCACUGCACAGUGCUCUUUUAUAGAUUCUUGCUUUAACUUUCAUUUGUUUUCUUCCAUUCUUGGCCCUGGUGAUGAGGGUACUGGCUGAUCUAGAACUCAGAAAAGUAUCUAAUGCUGACAUUGGUCCUUGUGUAGGACAGCAGUCAACUGUCCAAGCUGUUGGUCUUCAGCUGGCUUAGGGUUGGCAUGCUCUGAAGGGAAAUACACAUUUUCAAAAUUGCUAACUAUAUCUGUGUCACUUUUAGUUACAAAUGUGCUUACAUGUACAGUGUUUCAUAGGCAUAAAGAUUUUUUCACCAAG